UCUUGAUUUACAAAGUUACCGCAACAUCAAUCACAAGGUAUCAUUUACUCAUUUGUGAUACAAAUCAAAAGAAAAUCAUAACGGAAAGCAAAAUACGUGAAAUUAAAGAUUCAAGUUUAGUAGUUAGUGCAAGUGAAGUGUAUAUUGAAGUUGAUUUUGACACUAUUUCAGUGUCUUCGGAUAAUUCCAUAUAUG